UGUACUCGCCAGUAAGACUCUCAGCACGCAACGCGCGCUUUCUAUCUGGAAACUUUCAAAAAGGAUUCGUUAUAAACUCAUCACCUUCAUGUCGGAACUGCUGAAUAUUUCCUCACCGAUGCUAUGGUUACCUUUAUUACGAUCUUACAGGUGAAUCUAGUGAUGUCCAUCUUGCUGUACGUGAUGUUCCUCGCGUACCUCUAUGGUAUCUCAGCCUCUGCGAUGGACAAGCAGCGGCCCACGCAGGACCCCAUCAACACGCUCAUCAUAAAGCUCCUGCAGGCCGACAUCAGCCGCAGCCGACAGAAGCAGGAUGACGCGCUGCCUUCCUCCACCUUAAACCCACCCGCAGUGACGGACUACAAGGAGAACAUCAGUGACCAGUCCGUGACGGACAUCUCGACGGAGCUUCUGCGUCAGCACAAACGUUACAACUCGCCUCGUGUGCUUCUCAGCGACCGACCUCCUCUGCAACCGCCACCGCUUUACCUCAUGGACGACUUCGUCAGCAACCAGGACGGCAGCAGCGCCAACAAGACGCGGCAGAAGCGAAACACUGAGCACAAGAGCUACAGGGGCGAGUUUUCAGUGUGUGACAGCAUCAGCCUGUGGGUGACGGACAGGACCACUGCUGUGGACAUUAAGGGACAAGUGGUCAAGAUUUUGGGGUCUGUCAAUGCAGGACGCACAAAUAUCAAGCAGUACUUUUACGAGACGAGAUGCAACACCGCCAAGUCCCAAAAGGGCAGCUGUCGGGGUAUUGACGAGAAGCACUGGAACUCGCAGUGCAAAACCUCGCAGACUUUUGUGCGUGCUCUCACUCAGGAUGAAUCGUCGGUGGGAUGGCGCUGGAUACGAAUAGACACCUCGUGCGUCUGCGCGCUCUCACGCAAACACCGCAGGACGUGAAAAACACUGCAGCGACUUCUCCAUUGUCUUUUUUAUGUUCCCUGGGGGGGGGGGCUGUAAAUAUAUAAAUAUAAAUUAUUAUUUAAGUUAUAUGGAAUGCAUAUAGUUUAUACAUGUUUAUGUAUAAUGUAUAAAUAUACUUGUUAUUUAUUUAAGUUGUUUGCAAAGAAAAAUCUU